GAGCUGGCCGGGAAGGGCCUCGAGGCGCUGGGCCGCGGAGACCUCAGCACAGGCUGCUCCACGGCACUGGGCCCCGUGACCUCAGCAGGGAGUGCCAGGAGCCCUGACCCGAAGUCUGGCCAGUGGGUGAAGGAAAGUGGCAUAAUUGUUAACAGACCUGCUGCCCAGGCCCAGCUCACUCUUAAAGGGCCAGUAUGAACACCCGGUAUGCCCAGAACCGCCCGUGUUGGGAACCCUCUGGGGACGGCUGGCAGAGACCCAAGUCUCUCCGGCUCCUCCUGCCCGGGGGACCACCUGCCCGGGGCUGCCGGCCGCUCUUUAGAAAGACAUGGCAGAAGGGGCAGGGAGGCCAAGACAGCUGCCACUCUCUGGCCACUGGUAUGAGGAGACCCUGCAGUCUUGCAGGGCCUCGGGCUCUGCCCACUGGGCUUGCCGGCCAUGCUGCCCGGGGCUCUGUGGCUGCCCACACAGCCCUGGGUAGCCAGUGGGGUGACAGCUAUGUGCCCCAGCUCCCCACACGCAGACGCCCCACCCUCCCAGGCUCAGUGUGUGAGCUGGCGGCGGAUGGGGGGGGCGCCCCAGGGGAGCAGCCAUGCCAGGGCCUGGCCCACAGCCGCUCACACACCAGCCCGGCACCAGCCAGGGUGCUCCCGCCAAGUGGGUGCAGGCCCCACUUCUGCAGCAGGCACAGGGUCUCCAUGUUCUUGGAGGGAUGAGAAUGUUCCUAGAAGUCCAAGAAUCCAGGUUUCCACACAUCUCCCCUCCUAUGCCCCAUUCUUUCGCAACUCUGUGGGUUCUGAGGGCUGGAGGCAGAGGCAUAGAUGGAGGCUCUCCUGGCCUCUCCACUGGGGCAGCCCAGGGCUGCGUCUGCUCUGAGGCCGAAUUUGCCCCGGCUCUCUCUCCCUGACUAACGGCAGAUGUGUCCCAAAUUCUUCAGCUUCCCCUCUGGAAUCUCCCCAGACAAAGGCCGGGAAUGUCCCGGCUCCCUCCUGGGCCCUCCUGGGUCUGGACCACUGUGAAGAGUGACCACAUCCAGCUCCCAGCCCACUGGGUGGCACUGGGGCACGCCCGCAUGAGGCCCGCGCUGUGUGGUCCGGCAGAGCUGGGGACGCCUUCUCUGCAGUCCUCAUGAAGGUCCUCACGCCCCCAGCCCGCACCGUUUCUGGAGCCUGGAUCCGGCUUCCCUGUGUGUGGCCUGCCUAGCCUGCGGCCCGGGGUGCUGGCCGGCGUGGAGGUGAGCAGCUAGGACAACUCGGAUCAGGAUGUCUUAAUCACAGGGGCUGGUGUGAUGUUCCGCCCUGUGGAUUUGUCCAGGAUCUUCUGGACCCCUGCUCACCCCGGUGGUCAGCUCACCAGGGGACAGACCCUGAGGCCUCUCUCGCCUGCCCUUCUGCAGCAGAUGCCUGAUGUUGGGUUUGGAGUCACAGGACUGACAAGCAGGGAGCAGCUUCUGUGGGAAGAUGAGGAGAUUACACCAGCCUUUGCGGCAAGGGGCCUGGCCACAUGCAGCCGCUGUAGACGUGAUGUUACUCCUCACGGGAGAUGAGCUCACGCCCUGCAGACCCGCUGCCUCACAGCCAAGGCCUCAUUCCAGGUCAAAACCCUCUGUCACGCAGCGUUCGGGUGAAUGAGGAGGCCAAGGAUGGCAGGGGGGUGUUUGUAACAGUUGCCGUGGUGCCAGCACCCCAGCGGGACUGAGCAGGUCCUCUGAGCUUCCCUCUGUCACCAAUGGUCACAGGCCUCCUGGCCUCGACCCUCUACAGAGAGUGAAGGUCAUGGUUCUUGGAGUCACGUCCACACUGCCAAGUCCAUGUUGCUGGCUGUCCCCUUGUUCCCAGGGAGUUGGGGACAGACACUGCUGGCCCAGCCCCUCCCACAGCCUCCUCGCUGCUGGUCUCCCAGGCCUGCCAUCAUCCCUUUACCGACUGCACCUUGGAGCUGCCUCCUCCAUCCCCCAUUCACCCUCACGUGAGACACAGACUCGGGACCCCCAGCAGCCGCGACACACAAGAUGAACACAGACUGGCGGCAGGAGGGAGAGAGAUCUCCGUGCACCAAGGGACAUGCCAGGUACGAUCUGGAGUGAACCUGGACAUCACGGAGAAACUGGGCCUUCCGGCACCCAGAAUCAAAGCACCCCACCAAGACCCUCACCCACAGCCUCUGAGCACCCAGACCUGUUCCAGGCGCCUGAGUAUGUUUCUCCAAGGAAAUCUUUGCAGUGCUUUAAAAAUAUAUUAUCUAUAUUGAUCCAUCCCGUGAGAGAGAACGCUUGUCUGCCUCAGCCUGUGGUGCCCAAGAUGGAAGCCAGGCCUUCCCUCAGGCAAGUCCUGCGCCCUGGCACAGAGUUAGCCCCAGGCCACAGCCUUCACAGGCUGGUUCUGCGAUGCCGCCAGCCCACACCCCCUGGAGCCCCUUUCCCAGCAGCAUCUGUCCAGCAAGCUCUCAGCUUCUUGGAGAUCCAUCCUUCCCUGGCACAGGCGAGUGUGGCCGCAGGACGGAAGACGGGCAGACAAUGCCUAGCAGGAAGGCGUGCCCACGCCCCUGCUGGCCUGCAGCUCAGGGCGGCUCUACCUGUGUGGUCUGAACCCGCGUCAGCAUCACCCGGCAGGGUGGGGGUGGGGUUCUCAACUGCUUGUACAGCUCACUGGUUUGGAAACCUCCAGAAGGUGCAGAGAACACAGAUGGGAAUCUCAUUCCUGCCUCCCACACAGACACUCCUGGAAGGGAGCCGAGGGGCCCUGCCUGGCUCAGCCCUGGGUGCAAUGCAGGGGGCGGGGGGGGGGUGGGGGGCAGACCCAGGAUACAACAGUGCCCCGGAACUGAGCGGAAAGGAGCCAUUUCUCUCUCCAGCUGUGGCAUCCACUCCCAGAGUGAGCAGGGGAGUAGGGGUCCGCUGCCCCAUGGACCACUCCCACAGAGGACAACAGAGCAGCCCGCUGGCCACCAGGAGGAAGGAGAGACGCACCCUAAGUCUCCGGCCUGCGGCUGCCGGUCACAAAAGGUCACAGGGUGACUUACAAGGCGACCUGGCGCCUUCUCUGUGCGUCCACGUGAGGGAAAGUGCCCACCCCACUGGUCGCCCCCUACUCUGCCAGCAAGUUCGCCCUGGACGGCUUCUUCUCCAGCCUCCGAAGAGAGUAUAGCAUGACCAAGGUCAAUGUGUCUGUCACCCUCUGCGUCCUUG